GGACCAGCACGCCACAGAACAGGCACCAGGUAUUAUAAGGAGGAGGUGUGUGAUUUAGCCAUAGACGACGGACGCCUCUUCUUGUUGUUAAAAAAAAGAAGAAGAAGCUGCUGCUGCUGCUCACUGCUGCUGCUGCUUCUUUCUCUUUUUUGUGUCUCUUUUUUUUUUUGGCUGGGAUUUUUUUUCUCUCCGAGCAAAACCCGUGAUCAUCUGGGAUUAACGCAGCUUCCUCCUAGGUAGAACGAACUCUUUCCAAAUCCCACACACACCGUACCCGGGAAUCAUCGCCCUUAUCUCAUACCAACCAACCAAUAAGAUCGUCGUCGAUUCUCAGAUCCUCUCGAGAUCCUUGAACGUUGGAUUCGACGGUCGGCCUGUUCUGGGUGGACAGAGAUAUCCCCGAAACGCCGCGCCAUGCUUCCGCAGCGGCCUGGAGAUGACACCAACCGAUAUUCACUCCUUUCGGCCGGUAACAAAUUGGCCCCAUUAAACUUGGGCAAUUCUUCACGAAGUUACAUGCCACCGUCACCUGGCAACAUGCCCGGAGGUAUCGGAUCAGGUAAUGGGUCUGGAACAGGAACAGGAGGAGGAGGAGGAAGCUCCAUAGCAGGUGGUCCAGGGUCAAGCGGAGAUAUGGGAUUCUGGGAUCGGGAUAAAACCAGAGACGCGAGAAACCAAUGGUCCCCUGGAUCUUCCUCUAUUUCUCGAGCCAGUUCUCGAUUACCUCCCAUGGUUCAUCAUGGAACUGGCCAUAGUCCGAGCUGGGAAUCGUUUCCUUAUCGACCUAUAUCACCUCGACAGUCUGUGCUCACGCCGCCAAUGACGUCGCAGCAGCCACAUCAACAGGGCCAUCAUCAUCACCAGCACCAGCAGCAGCAACAACAGCAUCACCAUCAUCCUUCGCAACACCAGCAACACCAACAGCAGCACCAACAGGGGUUUCAACGUCAACACUCACAUCAAUCAUUUCACCCGAGAGAAGAGGAGUCACCCACUUCACCAGCUAGCACCUCUGUCAGUGGGAGGCGACAGUCACCGGACGAAGCUUCGAGCAAGAAGAAGAAACGGAGAGUCGCAUUAUCCUGCGCAGAGUGUGCAAAGAGGAAACAGAAAUGUAAUCGACAGACACCUUGUCAGCAUUGCGUUCAACGCCGCGUCCCAGAGUUGUGUGUACCUUAUAUCAGGGAAGGAAGUCCACCGCCGAGAAAUAGGACGAAAGCUGCCGCGGCUGCUGCAGCGUCGGCAGGUGGUGGUGGUGGUGGUGCGGGCAGCGGAGGCGCUGGACAAGGAGGACCAGAUAUCAAGAUCGAAAUGGCUGGAUCAACGGCUGCAACGUCGUUAAACACUGCGCCCACUGCUCGUCAGCCUAGUCAAUUACCGACGUUGACAGUCCGCGUGGCACGGAUCGAAGCUCUGCUCAAUGCCGUCGUGAAUCGGGUGGAUGGCGUUGAGGGCAAGGCGUUGCACGAUUGGCGGAUAAAUCACGCCCCAGCUACAUCCCCGCCACCUCUUGGAAGCCAUGCCAUGUCUCGAUCCCGCAACGUCUCAUCAAAUUCGAAUCACGGAGAUACAGAUCGCGAAGGUAGCGGAGAUGAGGUUCUCAAGAUUGACCGAGAGUCGUUAUCGAGAAACCCACUGCCGCAAUUGAUGAGCAACCAGCCUGUCAACCGUACGAUCGAUUUUCACGGAACCGCUCAAGAAUCUUUCGAAAAGGGCAUGCUAAGCAAUGGGAUCGAGAUCCAUUACGUCAAAAGACUUCUCACAGAUUUGCCCGACCGACCGACCGCGGACAAGUUGGUGAACCAGUUCUUUGAGAAAUUCAAUUUUGUUCGGUAUCCCAUUGACGAGCCGUCGUUCCGAUCAUCUUACGAUUGGCUCUACGAGAACUUGCAGAACCUCAAUCCUAGAUCGCUCUUGUUCCUCCCCGUGGCGUGUAUCGUCAUCGCCAUCGCAUACAGGAUUGCACCUGCGGAGCUUGGUUUCGACGAGGACACAAAAAAGCGAGAAAGCCUCAAAUUGUACACCAACACCCGCUCAGCCAUUUUCAUCGCACGGGCCAUCACUCCUGUGACGCUCCAAUUGGUUGAGACGAGAAUUCUGCUGGGACUGUACCUCAUUCUCAUGCACGAGAGACGACUUUCCGAAGGUUGGGCAGAGCUACGCGGCGCCAUCACAUCUGCGCAAAUUAUCGGUCUUCAUCGUGAUGGAGCAGUAUUGGGCUGCGAUGCCUAUGCCACCGAAUACCGUCGAAGACUGUGGUCUUACCUCCUGCAUGCGGAUGCUACCUACUCCUGCCUACUCGGUCGACCGACGUGUAUCGACUUGGACAGCAGCGACACGCUUCCACCGUCCAAUAUUGACAUGAGCAACAAUGAAGGAUUGAAAAAUCUCAAACCGAACGAGACACCUUCCAAGCCAUUGCAGACGUCGACAUUUGCCACUUACCUCAUCCUACGACGGCGCUUGAGUGAGAUCGUCGGCGAGAUUGCGCGAUUAUUCUCGCGGAUAUCCAAUCCAAUACAGUACGACGAAGUCAAGAGGAUAGACGGACUGUUCACCCAAUUCAUGGCGGAACUUCCUCCAGACUUUCGCAUGCGAAAUCCAGACAAGAGCAACGACUCACAAUUGUGGUAUCUCAGCAUUCACCGAUAUUAUAUUCAAACGGAAAUUCUUCACUUUCGAAUCAUUCUUCACAGACCCUAUCUUCUCAGGCGACUCCGAAGCAGUCGGUACGCUCUCUCACGUAGCGCUUGUUUCGAAUCUGCCGUCCUGGAUUUCAAGAUCCGCGAAGCGUUCAAGAAAGACGUACCGGAUUUCUUUGAGACAUUGCUCGGCGGCUCGUUUAGGGAAUUCAACGCCGCCAUGAUUGCUGGCAUCAGCGAGAUAUUGGAUCCACGAUCACCCCACGCUGCGGACAUGCGCGCGAUUAUCCAAAACUUUCUCGACCAUUUCCCUCAUGAUGAGACAAAGGACGAAUUCUCGCAGAAGGAGGCGGGCAUUGUGAGUGAACAUAGAUCAGCCUGGGGCUUAUGGGUCAAGAUCUAUACACUGCACCGUCGUGCAAAAGAGGCUGAGGAACGUCGGGCCAACAGGCCCAGGAGCUCCGAUGCGAGGUUCUCGGCUCUGAGGACGUUUUCCGCCGAGCGUGAUGAACCGAGAGGAGGAGAACAACCCAAUGGCUCGGGCACCAAUUGGCCAACCACGUACAAUAGUGGUUCUCAUGGAUCUGAUGAUGAAGGCAAUGACCAGCCUCAGCAACUACUCAAUCACUGGCUGUACCACAAUCAAAUGGUCAAUCCACCCAUGUCGUUUGCACCUGGUGAAUUGUUCCCCAACCCAGGCUACGCCCUCGAUGCGAAUACGCAAACGGAAGGAGGCGUUCUCAGCGGCUGGAUGGGCAACCCAAUGGAUCCAGCAUUACCUCAGCCAUCUGUGGACGUCCCCAUGGAUCUGAAUGCUCAGCAGGGAGGUAACGGCGCUGUACCUGAGAUGGUUGGUCAAGUCUGGGGCGACGGAAAUAACGUCCAGUUCUGGGACAAGAUGAUCGACGGCAUCCAAACUGCUCAAGGACCGACGAAUUUCCUGAUGACUGGAGCAUGAAAGUAUAGGGAGUUCCGUGCGGGUCAACUUGUCGUUGAGAGAGAGGGAGAGGGAGAGGGAGAGAUACAGCUAGUGUGGAUGUCACGUGUUGCACAUAA